UUGUUUUUGUCUCUUCCCACUUUCCCAACUAUCUCCCUCGUAAACUCCUUCUUCUUCUUCGUCUUUUGUCUCUUUAGGCUCCACCUUCUCCAUGAUCCUCUCCCCCAGCCGCCCAUCAUGACUCUGACUCAUUCUCCCUCGCAUCAAACACCCAAUCGCCGAGUCCUCAUCGUGGGAAACUACUGCCACGACGUCCUGAUCCAAAACAACACAAUCAUAGCCGAAACCCUAGGUGGCGCAGCCUCCUUCAUCUCCAACGUCCUAGACUCCUCCUCCACCUCCAUCUCCUCCGAUCUAAUCUCCAAAGUCGGCCACGACUUCAAAUACCACCGCCACGUCACCCACCACCGCCCUCUCCUCUCUCCGGACAAGGACACAACUCUCUUCGAAGCCUACUUCGAUCUUAAAAUCGGGCACUCCGAUCGUGUCCUAAAACGCGUCGCUGCAUGCGACCCGAUCCUCCCUUCCGACAUCCCCGACUCUAGAUUCGACUUCGGGAUGGCCGUCGGCGUCGGCGGGGAGAUUCUCCCCGAGACGCUCGAGAAGAUGGUGGAGAUCUGCGACGUUGUGGCCGUCGACAUACAAGCUCUGAUCAGAGUUUUCGAUCCUGUGGACGGAGAAGUGAAGCUAGUGGAUUUGAGAGAGAGUGGGUUUUAUCAUUUAAUGGGUAGGGUUGGGUUCUUGAAAGCUUCGUCUGAUGAGGCUUUGUUUAUGGAUGUUGAGGAGAUGAGGCGUUUGUGCUGUGUGGUUGUGACUAGUGGUGAAAAGGGGUGUAGGAUUUAUGGUAAGGAUGAUGAGGUGGUGGUUGCUCCGUUUGUUGCGAAGCAGGUGGAUCCUACGGGGGCGGGGGAUAGUUUUUUGGGUGGUUUGGUGGCUGGGCUUGUGGAAGGUUUGGAUGUUCCUGAUGCUGCGUUGUUGGGGAAUUUCUUUGGGUCCAUUACUGUUGAGCAUAUUGGUCAGCCUAAGUUUGAUUCCAUGAUGCUUCAGAGAGUAAAGGAAGAGGUACAGAGAAGGAAGAAGCAGUGUAAUCUUUCAAGCAGCCAUAACAAUGAUCAUAACGAGUUUCAUGCGCGUUUAAGUCCAGCUCGGUUUCAGGACUCUCCACUUCAGCCAGAGUUAUUGGUAAAUGGUCAUAUAAGUGACAUGAUUGGUUCCUGUGAUUAGGAAUCUUUGAAUUACCUUUAAUCACUAACAACACUCUUCUGAAUUGUGUAAACUUUCCACGUUGAUGAGUUUUGGUAAUAUAUUUAGUGUAUAAACGCGAUACCCCGGCGUCUUCGGUGGCUCUUUGUAGACGCCAAUGCAGAGUUUUCGUUAGCAAGUUUCCCUUUUAAAUUGAGAUAAUAGUUUAACUUUUUGCUAGUUUGCAUGUUGUUAAUUUUCUAAUUAAAUCAUGUUGAAACAAGUCAAGUAAAUCAUGCUGAAAAAGUGUAAAUAAAUU